AUGUCCUCAAGCAAAACAUCCCCCACACCAACAGGAACAGCAACCCUCCUCCUCGAAACCGCCACCAAGCUGAUCACCUCCCUCCCCAAAUCCGACACCCACUCCGUCGCCAGCGCCGCUCUCGACUCCGCGGGCAAAAUCCACACCGGCCUCAACGUCUAUCACUUCACCGGCGGGCCGUGUGCGGAGCUCGUGGUACUGGGCGUCGCGGCCGCCGCGGGCGUCGGGGUCGGGUUGAGCGCGGAGACAACGCUGACGGCGAUCGUGGCGGUCGAUAAUAGCGGGAAGGUGUUGAGUCCGUGUGGGCGGUGCAGACAGGUUUUGGCGGACUUGUGGCCGGGGAUUGGCGUGGUGGUGGAUCAGGCGGAUCGGGACGGGGCGGGGAAUGGGGAGGGGGAGGAGGGGCAAGAGAAGGUGUUGACGGUGAUGAGUCUCGGGGAGUUGUUGCCUUGGGGAUCCUUAUUCACUACUACCCAUUCAAACCUCUUCUCUGCCCGGAAGUUCGAAAGUAAUACCAAACAGCCUGCGUAA